UUUCACCUUGCUAGGUCUCUUCUUCCUGCUGCACUGUGUACUCCCGGUGAACUGACCUUAAGCUUCUGCGUGAUUUGCUGUCUUCGCCUCCCAUCUUGCCAUGCAAGUUUUAGAGUUACACCACCAUGUUUUGACAUAACUUCUUGAGGCUGAACUCGGGGUGUCAAGCGUAUGUGUCAAGCGCUUUUACUGCCCAGCCAUCUCACCAGCCCCACGCCCAGCUUUCUUACCCUUUGCAACAACCCUGUCAGUGGCCAUCAAUGCCCCCAUUCCACGCAGGAGCAAGCCGAGGCUCUCGGAUCUGCAGCUGCUUCGGGAUUAGAACUCGCACCCCUGAGGCAACUCCAGGCUCCUCCCCCGACCGCCCUUCCUCCACGCUGCCUCUGGCCGUGCUCACCACAAGCCUCACUGGGGCUACAGAGCUAGGCUUGGCUCCGACCUCGUUCCUCCUCUGAGGUGGGUCUUGGGCACGAGGGGCCAGACCCCCACGGUGGCAGCGCCGCUGAGCUGACGGUGGGCACAGCCCCUGGAGCCGUGAGCAGGCACCAUGGACUGGAAGAAGCUCCAGGACCUAUUGAGCGGAGUGAACCAAUACUCCACAGCAUUUGGGCGCAUCUGGCUGUCGGUGGUCUUCGUCUUCCGGGUGCUGGUGUACGUGGUGGCGGCUGAGCGUGUGUGGGGUGACGAGCAAAAAGACUUUGAUUGUAACACCAGGCAGCCUGGCUGUACCAACGUGUGCUAUGACAACUUCUUCCCCAUCUCCAACAUCCGCCUCUGGGCCCUGCAGCUCAUCUUCGUCACGUGUCCCUCCAUGUUGGUCAUCCUGCACGUAGCCUACCGCGAGGAGCGGGAACGGAAGCAUCGCCUGAAGCACGGGGAGCAGUGCGCCAAGCUGUACAGCCAUCCCGGCAAGAAGCACGGCGGCCUGUGGUGGACCUACCUGCUCAGCCUCAUCUUCAAGCUCAUCAUUGAAUUGGUCUUCCUGUAUGUCCUCCACAGGCUCUGGCAUGGCUUUACCAUGCCACGUCUGGUACAGUGUGCCGGUGUGGAACCCUGCCCCAACACCGUGGAUUGCUACAUCGCUCGGCCCACGGAGAAGAAGGUCUUUACCUACUUCAUGGUAGGUGCCUCUGCCGUCUGCAUCGUGCUCACCAUCUGUGAGAUCUGCUACCUCAUCUUCCACAGGGUUAUGCGAGGCGUGAGCAAGGUCAAGUCUACAAAGAGCAGCAGCUCCCAGAAGUCCUCCAGCCGAGCCUCCACCUGCCGCUGUCACCACAAGCUUCUGGAGAGUGGGGAUCUGGAACCAGACACAGUCCCAGUCGACGCCAAGCCGAAGGCGUCAGCGCCCAGCCUGACCCCCAUUUGAACCGCGCGCCUGGAGACCGAGUGAAGCGGGGAGGCGCUGCAGGUGGGAGGGGUCCUGGGGGGGGUACUUGGUACCCCCCAUUUUGAAUUCACUAAGCUAGCCAAUUCCGUUUGAAGCAGAUAUUUGUGGGCGCUGGGCUUUGUGCUGGCUACCUGGUAGAGGUAACAUGGCAAACCCAGCUUCAGAGAGACAUUUAGAUUAGCAAAUCCACCACAUGCAUGCAAGGGUCUGGUAGCUGAGCUGGUAAGCAGGGCUUCUACCUACCCCAGGGGACUGCCAGGCCAGGCAUCUUCUCAGAAAAGCACAGAGGAGGAGGGGCGAGACUCUCCAAGAAGAGACAGCAACAGCAAAAAAGAACUGCGGGUCACAGAGAAGAGGGGCUGGCCCUGGACUGGGGACAGCCAGCCAGAGGGAGUCUUUACUCCCCCACAAGAAGCUGCUCGGUUCCUAGGUGGAAUGUUCUGGAGGCCAAAGAGCAAAUGUGGAAAGUGGUAGCAAGUCUUGUCAUGUCAGCUGCUGUUUGAGACACUCGGGGGUCCUCUGGAUCCCCUUCCCCAGCCUCCGCCUUCAGGCUGCAGUACUCUCCUUCCUCCAGCAGGGUGCUCAGCCCACCGCACCCUGUGGCCAGGACCUUGGGGGCAUGCAUGGAAUGGGAAUACAUCCAAGUCAGUUUCCUUUAAGGCAAUAAAGUUGUGUUUUAUACAA